AUGUCUCCGACAAUUUCCAGUCUGGGCCUGGCCACCCUCCUCCUCGGCCUGGCAUCCGCCCAACGUCAGAUCGGCCCUGAGGAAAACCACCCCUCUCUGACAACUUGGCGGUGCACCAAAGCCGGGGGCUGCACCGAAGUUAAGAACUUCGUCGUCCUCGACUCCCUCGCCCACAACGUCUACCAGGCGGCCAACGGGGGCUCUUGCGGCUCAUGGGGAAGCGCCCCCAACGAGACGGCAUGUCCCACCAAGGAAGCCUGUGCGGAGAACUGCGUCCAAGAGGGCCUCGAUGACUACUCCCGCGUCGGCGUCACCACUGAGGGCGCCGCAAUGACCAUGUACCAGCUCCGUGACGGCAGCCUGGUCUCGCCGCGUGUGUACCUCCUCGAGCCGUCCAAGGACAAGUACGAGAUGAUGCACCUGACGGGUAUGGAGUUCACGUUCGAUGUCGACGCCACGCGGUUGCCGUGUGGCAUGAACAGCGCGCUGUAUCUUUCAGAGAUGUACGCCGAUGGCGGACGCAGCGAACUCAACCCAGGCGGCGCAACCCACGGAACCGGGUACUGCGAUGCGCAGUGCUACACAACGCCGUUUAUCAACGGAGAGGGAAACCUCGAGGGUUACGGAGCGUGCUGUAAUGAAAUGGACAUCUGGGAAGCCAACUCCCGCGCGAACCAUAUCGCCCCGCACCCUUGCAACCAGACCGGCGUCUACCUCUGCGAAGGUGAAGAUUGCGCUUUCGAGGGUGUCUGCGACAAGAACGGAUGUGCGUGGAACCCGUACCGUAACAACAACCCGCAAGAAUACGGCCGCGGCGCCAACUUCUCGGUUGACACCACCCGUCCCUUUACGGUGGUCACGCAGUUCCCUGCCAACGCGGCCGGCGAGCUCACCGAGAUUCAUCGGCUGUACGUCCAAGACGGGCACGUCAUCCGCAGCGAAACGGUCAACAAUCCGGACCUGCCGCAGGUGAACUACCUCAACGACGAGUUCUGCGAGGCCACUGGCUCGCGGAAGUUCAUCGGUCUCGGGGGGCACAAGGAGAUGGGCGAUUCGUUUGACAGAGGCAUGGUGCUGGCGUUCAGUAUCUGGUGGGACGAGGGCGGCGGCAUGCGCUGGCUGGACGGAGCGCCGGAGGCGGGGCCAUGUGAUGAGACGGAGGGGUUCCCGGCCAACAUUGUCAAGACGGAGCCGAACCCGGUUGUGACCUUUAGCAACAUCAAGUGGGGUGAGCUUGGAUCGACCUUCAAGCCUGAGUGCAAGAACGGGCUAGCAUGCCUUACUGUAGCCUCUUCGAUCCAUAGCCAGAACUGCGACAAUAUGGAGGCGGCCACAGAGCGCCAUUUCUUCUACCAUGGCGCCACAGAGUCGACAAGCAAGUCGUCUGCACGGGCCCUCGAGCGCGAAAAGGAAAACUGCCACUGGUGCCAAAUCCGCCGAUUUCCCAAUAACAAAGAAGCCCCGAUCACGAUCGUUAAUGAAGAAGACGACGCCGUCAUCCCCUCCACCUUCCGCUUCCUCCAAGAGUCGAAGCUCGGACACGGCGUCGAGGCGGCCGAGGAUAGUUUCCGCUCAGGCUGCGAAUGCCGCGACGACGAAGAGUGCCAGUACCGAGGCUGUCUGUGCCUCCAGGAACAAGAGGAUGACUCGGACGACGAGGGCACCGCGAGGAAGAAAGUGUACAUGUACCACAUGCACGGCUCCAAGGCGGGACUGCUGCGAUCCCAUUUCCUGAAGCAUUCCAAGAGGCCGAUCUACGAAUGCCACGAGGGUUGCGCUUGCACGGACGGCUGCCCGAACCGCGUCGUCGAGAGAGGCAGGAAGGUGCCCCUGCAGAUUUUCCGCACAACCCAGAGGGGAUGGGGCGUGCGUUCACUAGUUGACAUCAAGCGAGGCCAGUUCGUGGACAGGUACAUUGGCGAGAUCCUGACGCCAGAGGAAGCCCAGCGCCGUCGUAAGGAAUCGAGCAUUUCACAACGCAAAGACGUGUACCUCUUCGCCCUCGACAAGUUCACCGACCCCGACUCCCCGGAUCCCCGCCUACAGGGCCCGCCGCUCGAGAUCGAUGGCGAGUUCAUGGCGGGGCCGACCCGGUUCAUCAAUCAUUCGUGCGAGCCGAACCUCCGCAUCUUUGCCCGCGUGGGCGACCACGCAGACAAGCACAUGCACGAUAUCGGCCUCUUCGCCCUCAGAGAUAUUCCUGCUGGAGAAGAAUUGACGUUCGACUAUGUUGACGGCGUAUCCGACGAAGAUAACGACGCGAAGGAUAAGUCCAAACAGGGCGACAUGACGCCGUGUCUCUGUGGCAGCAAGAACUGCCGUGGAUUCUUGUGGUAG